CUUCACUAGCAGAUGCGCAUGCGCACACGGCCGGCUCUUUUGCCUUGGGUUUCUAGACUGUAGUUUUCAACGGCUCCACAUCUGGAAAUGUUGCGAGGAGAGAAUCCCUCUUCAUCUGCCGUUGAGCUUGAGACGUGGUGCCUGCGUCACUCCAUGGAGGGGCGGGGCUUCUCGGAGGUGUUUCCCGGCUUUAUAUAGAUACAGAGACCUUUCCAUCGCAAAGCAGUGCGUCACCAGAACCCCUGGAAACUAACAUGCAAGUCCAGAGUAGAAAAUAUAACGAGUUAGAGAAACUGAAUUAAAAUAAGAUUAAUACGUUUUUGCGUUGUUAUUGCAUGCGCUUUUAAAGUGCUGUCUAUCAAAUCAUUUAAGCUUUCAAAUAACUUAGUUUCGUGACUGGAAUACACCUUUAUUACGGUAGAAGAGAACAUUUUUAUCACAGAUAUCUGGAGUCAUCCUUAUACUGGGACAUAACACGCUGAUCGGACACUGUUUUGCGUUUUGGGAAAGCGCGUUGAACUUGGUGUGAGUUCACUAGCUAGACACUUCGCAAGCAUGAAAUCGGCAGAGGAAGAUGCCUACGGUUACAGCCAAAACACCAGCAUUUCACUUCCUCUGAGCAACCCCUGCCCAUCUUCCCAGUACCACAAUCUCCAGACCAGCCCUUCAUUGUCAAUAUCCAUCAGUCAGCCAUCCUCAUUCUCCCCUCAAGAUGACAUGAGCUCGGUGGGCUACUUCCAAACAUCCGGGCCCCGGUCCAACGGAGCUCCCACAUUGGAGAGUCCACGCAUUGAGAUAACGGCUUACGGGCAGUUCCCCGAGGAUGAAGUAGAGGAGAACAGCGUUCCCGUGGCCAAGCGAGUCAAUUCCAUAGUGACAUUAACAUUGCCAAGUAUCGACGGCUAUCGUGAUCCCACUUGUCUCAGCCCGGCAAGCAGCGUGUCUUCUCGUAGCUGCCAUUCAGAUGCGUCGUCAUACGAAUCGGGCUUCUCGUACAACUACGACAACUCGCCGCAGAACUCGCCCUGGCAGUCCCCAUGCGUCUCGCCGAAAGGUUCCUCGUCGCUGCAGUCCUGCACCCUCGGGGCGUCUCCGCGCCAUUCACCAUCCGGUUCUCCCCGUGCCAGUAUCACAGACGACAGCUGGAUUGGCACCAGAGGCUCUCGACCAAAUUCUCCUUGUGGCGGUAAGAGGAAGUACAGCUUUAAUGGCGUCAACUCGCACAAGUACCAUCCGUACUCGCCGAAUCAAUCCCCGGGGCCAUCGCCACAAACUUCACCCCGUCUCAGUGUGACUGAGGAUACCUGGCUCGUCAACACCAAUCAGUACACCAACUCUGCCAUUGUCGCCGCCAUUAAUGCCCUCACCACAGAUGGAUUAACAGAUAUUGGGGAGGGGAUCCCUUUAAAGUCCCGCAAGACCAGUCAGGAGCACAGUGCCUCGAUGAACCUAAAAGUAGAACCAGGUGGAGAGGAGACGGGAUCCCUGGAGCUUUGCCAGGAUGACUUCUCAGCACGCCUGCCCUUCAAAAAAGAGACCUACUGUAGUGGCUUCUUGGAUGUACCCCAACACCCAUACUGGUCCAAGCCGAAGCCUUACAUCAGUCCAUCGUUGCCUGCUCUUGAUUGGCAGUUGCCUUCCAGUUCAGGGCCAUAUAGCCUACAGAUUGAUGUCCAACCCAAGUCCCAUCACCGUGCUCAUUAUGAGACUGAAGGCAGCAGAGGGGCCGUGAAAGCACUAGCGGGAGGGCAUCCAGUGGUUCAGCUUCACGGCUACAUGGAGAGUGAGCCUUUGACCCUACAGCUGUUCAUUGGGACGGCAGACGACCGUCUUCUCCGGCCUCACGCCUUCUACCAGGUCCACCGUAUAACCGGGAAGACCGUGUCCACACCAAGCCACGAGGUUAUGCAGUCCAACACCAAAGUUCUUGAGAUUCCUCUCCUGCCCGAGAGCAACAUGAGGGCCAUAAUCGACUGCGCUGGAAUUCUCAAGCUGCGUAACUCAGACAUCGAGCUCCGGAAGGGCGAGACAGACAUCGGACGGAAGAACACGCGUGUGAGGAUGGUGUUUCGUGUCCACAUCAACCAACCUAAUGGCAGGAUGGUGUCCUUACAGGCGGCAUCUAACCCCAUUGAGUGCUGUGAGUCAUGCCACUAA